ACCUAGAAAUAAAAAGUGAGGGUUUUACUUUGUAAAGUGUCAUCUCACAUUUUAAUAUUUAUUUCAAUGGAAUUACAUGUGGAAACAAAUAUGUAUUCCCAGCAGAAGUGACUACUUAUUUCUGUUUCAUUGAAACUCAUUAUUUCUAAACUCAUCUACUUUCUUUUUCUAUAAUUAGCAUAUGUGUUUGCAAAAAUGUGACUUUUUUGUGCCUGUAUGUUUUAUUUAUGAAACUACUGGCAAGACUGACUUUUGCCUUGAAAAUUGUAUUACAGUAUGACUAUGGCUCCUUAAUUUUCAGCUUAAUGUCAGUCUUAAUUGAAGCCAAGAUUAUUUCCCUUAAUACUGUUGGUUUGUGCUCAGCACAGGGUCAGAAAGGCAGGACAAAGAUGGUUUAAAGCCACCUGUGCAUAAACAUGAUUAAUAAAAAGCCGAAAGUAAUUUUACUUGUUGCUAUAAGUUAGGAUUUCAUGUGAUAUGGCAACUCCAACACAAAUAAUUGCCAGUUCAGGGUUUUCUUGACUCCAUUUUAAAGGUAAGUACAAUAACACCUCCUCACUUCACAGAAGUAUUUUGAACAUUCUUUAAAAAUACUGCUUAUGAAUCACUGAGGUGCCGGUGGUGAGCAUUAAGUUCAUGUUGAAAUUCAUAAUUUCUCCUUGUAUCUGUAUUCUGUGUGUUGUGCAGUAAAGCAGGCUUAUAGACUUACUUUGAACAAUGUGGGCGCAAUAGAAAAUCAGCUGAGUUUUGUCUGAGUGAAGCAGGAACUGAUGGAAAACAGUUUGACCAGUGGUGGAAUUAAAAUCUGUAUAAACCUACAAAUGCAGAAGUUUGGGUCUUUUAAAAUUGCACCUGCAGCCUUGGCUUUGUAAUUUCUUAAUAUUUGAGUGUUUCAUUUUGUAAUCCUUGUUCCUUAUUGCCUUUGUUUCAAACAAACAAAUAGGGUGACGGAGAGGAAGCAGAAAUGCUGUUAGAGUACUGUAUUAAAAUUCUCGUGGGUUAGUAGAAGGGAUGAAAUUUAGAUUGGCGACAUUUAGCUCUACCGUUUGUGUUCAGGAGGAGCUGUGACAACAGCAGCAGAAUUGCAAGAAAUGCUGUGCUUUGUUACUAGGUUUCCACUGCUGUAGAACAGGAAGAGCUGAGGAUGUUAUGUUCAUAAUUUUGGUCCCACUCAGGUUCCUGAUUUUAUUCCGCUGUCUGCUCGGUCACCAUCUGUCUGACUGUCUUCAUGCCCAAUCUUUUCCUUUCUCACCCUUACCUUUAUUUUUUCUAGGUCUGUAUUUCCCCUCAUUGAAGUCUUGAGUAAAGAUUAUACUAUAUUUCUUGGUUUUUAUACCCCCUGUGUUUUUUAAGUAGCUUCUUACUGUGUGCUGUGUACGUCCUAGCAGGGCAUUAUAGAGAGCACAGAGGAGAUGGGCUCUUUGCUUUUAGUACAUCACACAGUGCUGGAGUUCUUUCUAGCCCGGUACAGCAUUACAGAAAAUCUUCUUUUCCUUUUGAAUGGUCUUGUUAUUUCAUGGGGAGAACACGUACUGUUGGAUCGAAGUUGUGUGGGGUUGACACGUGUUCUGUGUCACUCUGAGGAAUCAUCUACAAAAGGUCUUGUCAGCGUGAACAGCUGGAGGAGCAGAGCAAACUGUAACUUUGUGAGAACCCUUUUGCAGCCUGCCAUAAGGCUGAUGGAGAGUGAAGCUGCAGUUGUGAUUCCAGAAGGAGCUGGCUGUGUUUCCCAGUGUUCUGCAGAAGCAGUUGGAUUAGAUGGUUCUCUUAAAAACCUCACAGCUGUCGAAGGUGCUUCCAACGGCUGGCCAGCUGUUGCUUGCGAAACAAAGGACGUGGAAACAGCACACCAGGGAGAAAAUUCAGAAUUUUCCUUUCUAAUAGUAAAUGACAAAGAAGGAGACAAGCAACUUUUUGUGGAUCUAGGAGUUUAUACAAAGAAUAGAAAUUUCCGGAUGUACAAAUCAUCAAAAGCAGGAAAAAAUGUGAUUCUGAAGAUAGCAGAGGAUAAUAAGUUUGUCCCUAACUGUGAAGAGAAUGUUUCCUUGGAAGAAGCAUAUUUUCUUUCCUCAUUGAUCUGCAACAUUAGAAUAAGGGAUGACACCAAAGUUCUGUCAUCUGCCUUUUCAGGGGAGGAGAGAAAAGCGUCUGCUUUUUUCAACAGUAAAACUCCCAGAAGCAGUAGAGAUUUCAUGGAAGGUUAUCAGGAUUCACCAUAUCCAGAAGUUGAUCAUUUUGUUCGUUCUUUGGUUAAUAAAGAUGGGGUGCAAGGAGGUAUACGACGAUGGAAUUAUUUCUCUCUAGAAGAACUACUUGUAUAUGAUAUUUUUGGUUACCGUUGGUGUGAAAAUAUUGGAAGAGCUCACAAAAGUAACAACAUAAUGAUUCUUGUAGAUCUAAAGAAGGAAGUUUGGUAUCAAAAGUGUCAUGAUCCAGUCUGCAGAGAAAAAAACUUCAAAUCACAAAGUUUUCCAUUACCACCUCGGAUAUGUCUCUCUUUUCUUUUCAAAGAGGAAGAAGAGCAUACACUAAUGGAUGAAAGGGGGAACACAGAAGUGAAACCACUUUCUAAUGAUUCAGACUUGUCAAAAAGCUCCACAUCUCUAGAGGAAAGCUUGUCUCAAGCGUUCCCGUUGUCAGACAGUGAGUGGGAUGAUGCAAACGAUGACGCCUGUUUCCUAGAAGCUACUGAAGAUGUGGAACUCGCUGAAGCUGCAAAUGAUAGUCUGAAUGAUGCCAUGGAAGAAAUUCCUGAUGAAAUUCUUUUGGAAGCUCUAGGGAGACAGGACACCUGCAGUAAAGAGGGCAGCUAACCAGACUUGGCCAGCAAACAGACCACUAGCAACGAAAUCUGCUUUAACGGUAUCUGUGUAUCACACGUCUUCUGGGAAGGACGCUGCACUGUAGUUCAGAAAUGCUCUUCCAGAGCUGUAAGACACAAAGACCUGAGUACCAAACCAGUACCCUCAUAACUGGAUGACCAUCAGCUGGCACGAGGAGAUCAUGGACAGUUACACAGGUGCUAAAGAGGAUGGGCCUGAAAACUCAUUGAGAAUGCUGCUCCAAGUUUAGCACUUUUAACACUCGCCGCUGCGCGGUUUCUAUUUUGUUAGCCAUAUUUCUAAGUUUUACUGAUAAGACAAGUAAAAUAAAUUUCUUUACUUCCAGAAAUGGGAGGUAAUUAUUUAUUUCAAAUACAAAUUAAUAAAGAGAUCUAUCACUAGUUCAA